UCAAGCGUUGUUGAUACUGUCGAAAAACAAUAUGAAGAAAUUAGACAAGGUACAAUACCAGGCCCUGAGAAUAAUUACAGGUUGCAUGAAUAGCACUCCCAUCAAUGCAUUAUUAUCUGAACCGGCAGAGAUGCCUCUACGUUUGAGAAGAAACCUCCUUUGUGCCAAAUUUGUGGCGAAGAAAUUUGCUCUUAGUCAAGACAGAAUCAGCAAUAGUUUGUUGCAGCUAUAUGAAAAUUUUAAUGAAGAGAACAGGAUUUGUAGAGACGAGAAGCACCAGCGUUGUUGGAAGGGAUAGAUUCUGUUCUUGCUUUCUUACCUGGAAUGGAAACAGAUGAUCGAGCGCCCUGUUUUAAGUAUCCCUAUAACAUUCAGAUUAAAUACACAGGUUACAUAGACUCCAAUUUAAGUAAAAACUCUCCUGAAUGUCACAAAGAAUUUGAUGAAAUGGUUCAAAGGAAAUUCCACGAAUAUGAGGUAGUAUUCACAGAUGCCUCAAAGGAUCGGUGGACACAACGUUGUGGUAUAGGAAUUUAUAAUAAAUCUAGAGAUGUUUCUAUGUUUGCAAGAUGUAGCGAUUUAACAUCCAUCUGCACAGCUGAAAUACAAGCUAUCAGGUAUGCUCUUACUACUUUAUCAGAAAAUGCUAAAAAAUCCUUAAUAGUUUCAGAUUCGAAAAGCGCUUUACAAAGUAUAGUGAGAAGUGGCAUUUGUUAUUGGAAUUCGAAGACUGUACUCGAAACUAAGAAGGAAUUGGAGAUAUUAGAACAAAGGAACAUACUAGUACAAUUAAUAUGGGUCCCUAGUCACUCAGGCAUUAGGGGUAAUGAAGAGGCAGACCGGUUAGCGUUAAAAGGGAGAAAUGUAAAUAAUAGGAUUGAUGAGAGAGUACAUUGUACCGAAAUUUUUAAAAAAAUUAAAGAUUAAACAUGGCAAGAAUGGGUCCGUAUCUUUAGUAACAUGAGCGAAAACAAACGGAGAGAGUAUUUCCAAAUGGUAAUGAAACCACAGAAGAUUCCAUGGUAUAAACAAUCAGGAAUUCUAAGCAGGAGAAAAAUAUCGUCAAUGUGCAGAAUGCGCACGACUCAUUGCUCGGUGCCGACGCAUCUGCAUAGAGUAUGUGUCCUCACCCGAGCAGAUAGGACCACUCAGCACGAAGACACCUCCCGACCAGCACUCGGUCUCACCCGAGCAGCUAGGACCACUCAGCACGAAGACACCUCCCGACCAGCACCCGGUCUCACCCAAGCAGCUAGGACCACUCAGCAUGAAGACACCUCCCGACCAGCACUCGGUCUCAACCGAGCAGCUAGGACCACCCAGUAUCAGGACACCUCCCGACCAGCACUCGGUCUCACCGGAGCAGCUAGGACCACUCAGCAUAAAGACACCUCCCGACCAGCACUCGGUCUCACCCGAGCAGCUAGGACCACUCAGCACGAAGACACCUCCCGACCAGCACUCGGUCUCACCCGGGCAGCUAGGACCACUCAGUACGAAGACACCUCCCGACCAGCACUCGGUCUCACCCAAGCAGCUAGGACCACUCAGC